AUGCAGGCUUAUCAGGCCAUAUCUACACAUGUGUCAAGUGGAGCACAGGAAGAUCCCAACUCUGAGAGUGGGCCUGGAGAGGAGGGUGGAGCUGAGGAGUGUCCUCAGAGCUCUGCUGUGGUGCUGCAGAGGGUUCCUGAGAGAAUGUCGAGAGACAUGUUGUUGUUGCUGGUGGAGACCAUCUCUGGCCUGGAGGAAGACAACUUCUCCCUGGAGGUCAUCAGUGAGACAAAAACAGCUGUCGUGACCUUCAAUAAUCCCAAAGAUGUGGAGCGGUUCCUCACUGAGAGCAAGAGCAACAAGAGUUUCCAGAAGCAGGGUUUGAUUGGCCGGUUGCUAGAGAGGGGCCAGAGUGUGAGAGUGGAGAACCUGACCUCCAACAUACCUCAAGAUAUGCUGGAGCUCUACUUUGAGAAAUGGGCUGGCCCAGCAAAGGACAUCACUAUGUUUCCUGAGGAGCAGGCAGCCAUUGUCACCUUCCACGCACCAGAAGUUGUGGAAACAACUCUAAAUAAACAUCAUGUAAUUGGCAAAGUCCCAGUCAACGUGUAUCCAUACUACGAGUCCUUGGGCACUGCCUUGUAUGGCAAAAAGAGGCCAAUGUGGAAGAUGCCUGACCCCUUCAUAGAGAGUGUGCAUUCUGCCGUAUGGAAAUUCCUCUCCAUGAAGAGACAGUUGUCCCCCAUCACUGACCAAAUGAAGGCCCACUUCUGUAAUGUAGACAUGGAUAGUCCUCAGGUAAAACUCAGUCCUCUGCCAACCCUGCUAAGCCAGAAAGGACUAACAAGCAAACAUGUAGACGGAUGGAAGAAGAAUGCCUCGAUUGUCUUCCGUGACAUCAUGGCCCAAUAUGCAGUGUUUGAGUGUUUUGCCAAGUGCCCCAGCGUGAAGGCAGUGGAGAACGAAGUCCGCUCGGUGGUGAAAGAGGAUGCUGUGCUGGCUAUGGAUGCCUCCAAAGGGUCUCUGACAGUUGCAGGUCUGGCCGAAGACACAAAGCGACUCAGGGGGCCGGUGGAAGACCUCAUGCAGAGGGCCAUGAGUCAGAUAGAGAGGCAGAGGGACGGCGUCUCGGAGGAGAUGGACGUGUCCCCUGCCAUGUUCUACAUCCUGCAGCAGGACGGACUGCGGAAGCGUGUAGCAGACGAAGCCCCAGAGAUGGGUUUUUCCUACAGAGACGACACCAAGAAGCUGAUUCUCUCAGGUCUUGUCGCAGAGGUGUACAAGGUGCAGAACUGGAUCCUGGAGAGGAAGCUCAAGAUGAAUAAGAAGCAGCUGAAGCUGGACCCCCACCUCCUGGACUUCCUGCGGUCAGUGGACAGUAUGGAGAUGUCCCAGGACCUGUUCACGUCCCGGGGCAUCAGUGCUGUGUACAGCGUGGAGGGUGGAGAGGUGCUUCUGACUGGCAGCUCAGACAGAGCCUUGGCUGAUGCAGAGCAGAGGGUGAAGACUGCCCUGUCCCUGCAGAGCCUUAUGGUGGAGGACCAGGAGGUGCUAAGGAAGCGUGAGUGGAAGGAUCUGAACAAGCAGCUGGUGGAUGCCUACAACUCCCUAAAGAAAAAAACGGUGGUGAUAAAGCUUCACCCAGAGAGCAGAGACAGAAUCAUUGUGUCUGGCUUCCUGGACCCGGUCAGAGAGGUCAGCAACAGUCUGCAGGACUUUGUUGAAAAGUACUCACGAGUCGAAGAGGCUGUCUUUGUCAAGUCCUGUGCCGUGGUUAAAUUCAUUCAGGAGAACAAAUCUCAGGACUGGAAACAUUUUGCCAAGGGUGAUGAGGUGAAUGUAGGCUUUGACCCCAGAAGGCCCAGAAUUGUCCUUUCUGGAGCCCGUCUCUAUGUCAAGAAGGCCAAGGAGACCUUUCAGAAGAUGGUAGAAGCCAUCUGCACUGAUGAGCUCACCAUCAUGAAGCCUGGAGCAAGGAAGUACUUCCAAGAGAAGGGAAGCAUGUUUGUUUCCAUGGCGAUGAAGGAUCAUGGCUGUGUGGUGCUGCUGCAGGAAGACUACAUGCUUGAGGACGAUGAUAAAGAUGAGGAGGAAGGGUUUGGCCCGUCAUCCUGCUGUGAUGUGAGGACACACAAUGGAAUCAUGGUGCUCGUCAGUAAGGCUGAUAUCUGCAAGUUCAAAGCGGAUGCAGUAGUCAAUGCAGCCAAUGAAGACCUGCAGCAUAUUGGAGGCCUGGCUUUAGCACUACUCAAGGCUGCUGGUCCACGGCUGCAGGAGCUCAGUGAUCAACAUGUCCGUAAUAACCGCCGACUGCAGCCAGGAGACGCCAUUGUGACAGAUGCAGGCAAUCUGCCCUGUAAGUAUGUGGUCCAUGCGGUCGGUCCACGGUUCACAGACUUUGACCGGAGAACAGCCAUACAGCGUCUGAAACGAGCUGUGAAUGAGAGCCUGAGGGAGGCUGCGAAGGUUAACUGCUCAACUGUUGCCGUCCCGGCCGUCAGCUCUGGGAUAUUCGGCUUUCCUCUGGACCUGUGCACUGAGACCAUUGCAGUGGCAGUGCGUGACUACUGUGAGAACCUGAGGGGUCAGACCUCCCUGACUGAGAUUCACCUGGUGGACAACAAUGACAACACUGUGAGAGCCCUGGCCAGUGCUGUCCAGAAAACGUUCAGUGACCUGCACCCAAAAAUGACCAUGCCUCCGCAGGGUGCACAUAGGGGAAGGGGACAACGGGGAAGUGGACGAAGGGGAAGAGGACAACAUAGUUACAGACAUGAAGAACCUGGAUAUCAGGGACAGUCACCAUGGGGAUAUGGGCAACGGGAACACGGCCGAGGAGGAGGUGGAGGGAGAGGAGGACGUGGAGAUAGGGGAGGAGGAGCUAGAGAAAGCGAUCAUGAAAACCGAGAGGAGCAGAGGAGAGAGUAUGGCCAAGAGAGGAAGUUUGAGAGGGCAGGCAGUGGGGAAAUCCUGCAGACCAAUCGCACACAAGAGGGUCUGAAAAUCAUUCUAAGGAAGGGAAAUAUCCAGGAGGAAUGUUCUGAUGGCAUCGUCAACACCAUCUCUGAGGAUGUGGACCUGAGUAAAGGUGCUGUGUCCAAUGCCAUCUUAAAGGCAGCCGGUCCUGGGCUCCAAUCAGCAGCCACCGAUGAGGCUCGCACCAUCAGAUUGGCCUAUGGUGACGUUGUGGUCACCGACGGUUACAACCUGCGAUGUCAGAGAGUGAUCCAUACUGUCUGCCCCCAUUGGGACCAGGGAGCUGGCUCAGCAGAGAAG